CGAGAUAAAUAAAAUUAAAACAGAGCAACACUACAAACAUGACUAAAUUGGAAACCGCUCCUUUUGAUCCACGUUUCCCCAACCAAAACGUGACCCGUUACUGCUACCAAUCCUACGUGGAUUUCCAUCGCUGCCAGAAGAAACGUGGUACCAACUACGAACCUUGCAAUUACUUCAAGAAGGUCUUCAACUCCAUGUGCCCCAAUGCCUGGGUUGAAAAGUGGAACGACCAAAUCGACAGCGGCACCUUCCCCGGCAGAAUCUAAUUUCUUCAGUAUUGGUUAAAUUGCUGUGCAGAAGAAGACACUUCUAAUGAACACCUAGCUUUGUAACUGUCGUCUAUUGUUAUUGCAAUCCACAAAAUUACCAUGAAUUGUGAAUUCUAAUUUAAAAUAAAACAAAGAAAAAAAAACGACAAAAUGUUCAUUUAAAUUUUGAAAAAGAAUGUAGUGAAUUCGCUAAACCAUAAAUUUAAUUUCUAAAACAUUAUAAUAAUGCUUUGUUGCAAAUUCCAAUAAAGAGAGGCUACACUUGAUAAUGUAGUUAAUCGAGUAAAUAAAUGUGUGUCCAUUACACAUAAAAAUACA